AUCUAGUUCUGCCGCCAUGAUCGAGAACUCGAGUGAAGAUAGCGCCAGCUGGAAAUGCCGCCAAAAUGCAUGAAAGUUAAGGAGAGUCGUCUGCUCCUAAAAGAGGCUGGACAUGCUUCUUCAAAGCGUUUUGGAAGCCAAAAAUUCCAGGUCGCCUAAAUGCAAUUUACAUCAUUGAAAUUAUUAAGACGCAAGUUUUAUUACAGCUUUUAUCACAAUUGUACAGAUGGAUUUUGAUGUUAUCUUUGAUUGCAAUGGUAAAGUAAAUGUCAACGAUUGGCAGUUGAACAAAGAUGGUCUAUUACGUCACAAUGAAGUGGACAAUGUGCUUUUUCCACAAACCGAUUAUCCUUUUGCCCAUACAGAGGUAAGGCUCUUUGACUGUGUCAUGCCUGGAGCUGUGGCUGUGAUGAAUCUUGGACAUUUUACUGAUUGCAUGGAAAUGCAGUUGAAAAUAUUGAACAGAAUUGAAAAUGCAACUACAAUAUCUAGAUGCAAUAAUGAUAAUGUAAAUUACUUUUCUAUUAGGAGAAUGAUUUGUGAAUUUAUUUUGUAUUUUCGUACAUACAUGAACAGCAUAAAAUGGGAUUUCAGUGCACUGGAAACAGUAAUGCCUGAAAUAAACAAAGAUGUAGACACUUUAUUUGUCUCCAUAAAGCGCUUUCUUAAUACACUACAUGGUAUGCCGGAUUCAAUUCUGCACUGUGCUGCUUCUAACUUAGGCAAUAAGUGUAAUCAAAUAGAAUUUCAUCUCUAUCAUAUGCAUUUAGAAUUAAGAUGGUUUUUUGUUACAUUGAUACAUUCAAGGACUACAAUGUAUCAAUAUCAAACACAUACAUUACUAGAACAAUUCGAGAAUACUACCGAAAUGGUCAUUAAUGAUCUUGUGCACUUUGCCUUGAAAGUAUUUGAUAGGUUAUCCUUAAACUGGACUAUGAAUCUUGCACAAAAGACACCAUACUGCUGCACAUGCACAAGAGAAUUAUGGCUUAUGCUUCAAAUAUUUAUUGAUAACUUGGAAGAAAAAAUGAAAACUAAGACAUUUUGGGAUCAUGUAAAUAGUUGUAUUGAUAGAAUAUUGAGUAAAGAUCGGACAGAAACGAUAUUCUGGCUUGGAGGCACGGAUUCCUUUCUGCCAAAUUGUAAAAAUCCCGAACUGUUUGGUAUCUGGAUAAUACAUCACUUAGCUUUGUUAUAUGGAUAUAGUAUAGAUGGUGUAUAUUUACAAUCUAAUUCAUCAAGGAUUAAAUCUAACUGUGAACAAGUUGAAAAGAUCCUAAAAACGUACGUGUGUAAAGGUGGGAAGGAUGGUGAAAGAGAUGAGUUUGAUACUGAACUCAAAAUCAUAAUAUUGCUACUACACGAUCUUGUUAUUAAUUGGUGGCAGCCGCGAGUUCCAAUAAUAUCCUUUCUUUGGGACUGUUUCCAUAAGAGAUUAAACCAAUCAUUCUUAUUACAAACUUCCGGGCCUUGGGCCUUGUCCCUUGAAAAAAAGAGCGCUGCAGAUAUUCUGAAACAAAUUAACAACAGAAUUUAUGGCAAGUUUGAACAUUCUAAGGAAUCUAGCUAUGGCAUAUUUUUGCACUUGAUAGGCACGUUUUUAAAGAAAUAUGGCAAAACAGAUUCGAAAUAUUGGAAUCAACUUAAAGGACGUGUAUAUACAAAAUUUUCAAAGAACAAAGUUGCAGAGUUCUCCGAGAAUGGCCUCUACAACUUUAUUUCCUUAUUUAUUACUUUAGCAAUUACUGCAGAUGUUACAAAUGUUUGUAUAACAAUGUUAGAUUUUUUACCAUCUACACAAGAAUUAAACAUUGAAUAUAAUAAAAAGUACAAUUUAAUCUGGAAAGGAAAGUUAAUGUGCCUCCUAUUGUUUAACGAAAAAAGAUUAUCUUUCGUCUCUAUAGCCGAACACUUUACAGAAACAAUCAAUUUAAUAAGUUGUCGUAAAGAUGAAACAUCUCGUUCUAUGAUGACUAGUUUUGUUGAAGUUUUAAAUACGAUUUUAUCCAACAAUGACAAGAUGGAUUUAGGAGAGCAUCAUUUCAUCGGUGGUUGGAUUGAUCGUUACCUCUUGGAAUGUCCAAAGAAUAGAAUCGGGUUUUUGCUGGAAAUGCUAGCCAAUGUUUUUGACAAAUGUAUCAUCUUGCAAAUUUCUGGUAACAAUUCGGAUGGUGUCAGGAAAAUGUUAGAAGCACUAUGGUGUUUUGUUGCUAGUAGAAUUCGCCAACUUGUUUUUGAUCCCAUCCUUAUUGGUGACAAUUAUAAAAUUAUUUCCAAACUAGCUGUCAUAUUUACAUUAGAAGCAGGUAGAGAGCCAGCUACUGCUAAAAAAUAUAAGCACUCAGCUGUAUCUUUAUUUCAACAUUUUGCAGCAUCGAUAUUUUUGAAAGAUAUAAGAAUUACCCAAUAUUAUUUAGUAUCUAUUCUUGAGAAUAGAGAAGCUAUACAAAACUUAAAAAAAGAAGUUCCAAAUUUCGAUAUUAUUCUUAUCCAAGCUUGGAUAAAAUGUUCUAUCAUUGGUUAUGGCACAGACAAAGAGGAAAUAAAGAUACUGCAUAAUUACAUUGCCGACCUCAAUGAUAUUAAAGAAAUAUUCGUAUCUGAUUGCGAUCUGCACGAAUUUAGAAACAGCGAUGAACCUAUUUUAGUAUUCAUAAUAUCAUUCAUGAAGAAGCAAAAUGCUUUGCAGUCUGUACAGGAAAAAUUUCAAUAUAAUGCAAAAUGUAAGAUGUACUUCAAAAAUGUAGAGAAAUGGGCUCUGCUACCUAUAACAGAGGAAACAAAAGAUUCUGAACUUGCAUUUUGGAUUUACAGAUGCCUUGGAACAUUGAUUCUCUGCAUUUCUCCAACACUGUAUACUAAAAACCAACCAAACGAUAUGUUAAGAACGCUUAUCAACAAAAUUAUCUUAGUACCCGAAAAUUCUACGCAUUCGUAUAUAAAGCAACUAGGGAAGAGAAUAUUCUCGAUGGUAAUUCUCGGCCUGGAAAAAUUAAAUAUCAAGGGUGACAUACUGCUGCAAGCGAUGGUCAGAGAUAUCUUUGAUCAAUAUUUGCCAAUUUUGAUAACUGAAAUUAAUAGUGGUUGCAGCUUUAAAAUUUUUGAUACGUUGUUAAAAUGCUUUAAGGAAGCGCAACCCGAAUUUCUGCGUUCGAUUUUUGAAACGCUCAUGUCGAAUUUUUACAAUAUAUCAUCUGACAACGUCAUGCACAAACACUCCAACUUGAUAACUUGGCUUAUAAAAACAUUGCUUAAAGAAGGAAGAAGAUAUCCUAAACAUAUCAUAGAACAUAUAAUUCAAAUUUGUUCUCCAAACAUCUUUGGAUGUUAUAUGAAGAUUCCAGAUCAUCAUCCGCAUAAGAUACAUACAAUUGACUUUAUUGAUGAUAUAAUUAAAAAUCCUUACUACGAAGAAGAUAAAUUCAUCAGGGAAAAAUUCCAAGCCGCCAUUUCUGCUGCAGUGCAAAAAUAUUUGACGCUACAUACACAAUUUACGUUUGAAUUUAUACGAUCUGUUCUAUCGUUAAAAAAAAGUAUAAUAAUUAAUUUGUUUCCACAAAUUGAAGCUAUUAUCCUUCAAGCUGAACAAUAUCAUCGACCUAAUGCAGCAUCCUUGAGAUUCAAAUGGAAUCAACUCAAAAAACAUAUGUUGAAUAUGGACAAUAAUUCGUAAUAAGAUUACAAAAAUUUAUUAAUAAGCGCUAAACUUCUAAAUAAUGACGAUUUAGAUGCUCUAGAUUUCCAUAUAUUUGGAUAUUAAUUAGUAUCUGAAUCUGAUAGAUUUAAUUAUUUCAAUAUACACAAAUGCAUAAAUCAUUCGUAUUCAAUGACUUCAUCAAAAUAUGUAACAUAAAAGUUUAAAUUAUGUUACUAUAUCAUACUUACAAAAUAUAAAUAGUAAAAUAAAAUGUAAAUUAUUGUCACGUAUACCAUAGAAAUAUAAACAAUGAUCAGCUGCGAUACACAUGUAAUUUACUUAAAUAAUUAUGGUAAUUGUAUCGUUUCUACCACGAGGUAGAACAAAGUGGAAUUUACAAACUGUCGAAAACAACACAUCUAAAUUUUUUCCCUACUUUCGAUGUGAAUGCCUCGAACGAUGAUGUUUCAAUGACGUAUUACCCGGAGGCGAUUGUCAUCCAAUUAACUCGAGACGAGACACAGCAUUGCGUACAGCAUUACGUAAACUUUGUUCGACAUUACCACUUAAUAACGAUUCCAGCCUCUCAAAGUAACUGUCGACAUUUUGUAAUGUAGCACCGUCAUGCGUGCCUAUAUGUUUGCGAAAACAAACAUUUAUAGAAAUAAAACAUUGAAUUUUUAUGUAAAA